CUUAUGGCCCAAAAUGGUUGUGAGCCUAAUAUUGUAAGUUUUAAUACUAUCAUUAAUGGAUAUUGCAAGGCCAGAAACAUGACAGGCCCUCAACUCAUUCCAACGUAUACUUCAGAAUGGGGUGACACCUAAUUAUGUUACCUAUAACACUUUUAUUGAUGGACUAUGCAAAGCCAAUAGACUCUCCCUUGCACGCCAGGUGUUCAAGGAUAUGCAAGGUCAUGGAAUUACUCCUAAUGUUGUCACAUAUGCUUCAUUGCUUGAUAGCUUGUGCAAAAAUGCUUUACUUGAUGAGGCAGUGGCAUUACUUGAAGAAAUGGAGAAUAAUGGUGUCAAGCCUACUGUUGUCAUAUACAAUAUCCUAAUGGACAGUUUCUGUGAGGCUGGGAAACUUGUAGAUGCAGCAAAAUUCUUCUCAGAUCUUGUAUUGAAGGGCCUACAACCUGAUGUGAUAACAUAUACUAUAAUGAUUAAAGGUUUAUGCAAGAAAGGGCUCAUGGAUGAAGCUAUCCUAUUGUCGAGGAAAAUGGAGGAACACAAUUGCUCCCCUAAUGAUCGUACUUAUAAUACAAUUAUCAGAGGAUAUAUUCUCAACAAUGACUUAUCAAAUGCAUUUUACUAUUGUGAUCUUAUGGUUAGCAAGGGAUUCAAAGGUGAUGCUGACACUUUCUCGUUAUUUAUUCGCCUCUUGUCUUCUGCUAACUUAAGUGACUCAUCAAAGGACCAAGUGCGGAAAUUCAUCAAUUAAUAUAAGCUAAGUUAUUACUGUAAUACUCGUAUUGGUGGCCUAAUGGAAUCUAGUACUACAUUGGAUGAGUAUCUUGCUGAUCUUUUAGUUUCUUUGUUUUUCAUGUCAAGUAGAGCUCUUUCUUUAGGACUGUUAUCUUGGUACCCUUUUAGUAACAAUGGGAACUGACUAAUUCUCGCUUUUGUCUUACCAAAUGUCAUUUACAUGAUGAAUUUAUAAACAUUUUCUUCGUAUUA